AUGUUGCGUAGCAUGGGAAAAGCUUCUGGAGCCAAAGCUACAAAGGCCUUCGGUGCCUGUCGAGAUCUUCACGGUCGUCGACUGCGUCAUGUGAACCAGGAGGUGGCGCUACACAAGUGGCAGCAGGACGCCGAGGCUCGAGCCAAGAGGGAGAAGGAUGGGGUCGAAGCGCGAGAGAUUCUCGAUGAAUAG